AUGCACAUCACCACCAGAAAUCCAUCGAGUAGUUUCAUCUUCAUCUAUCUCAUCCUUAUCCUUCUAUUCCAAGUAGUCGCGUGUGCAGUCAUCAUUGAUAGUGAUUAUAAUGUGAGCUCCGAUGACGAGCCGGUGACAGAAGCGUCGUCCACCCGAAAACGGAAUUGCACUCGGCAGCCGGCGAUCAUCGACAAGUUGUUGAAUGGCACCGGAUACAACAAGUUCCGGAUACCAAACGACGACGGCGUCCAUGUGCAAGUUGAAUUCUGGGUCCAAGCGAUCACAGCAAUCAACGAGAUUACCAAUGAUUUUGAAAUGGAUAUAUACAUCAACGAGAUGUGGCUAGAUCCGGCACUCAAAUUCGACCACCUUAAUCCGUGUAAACAGAAUUUGUCAGUUAGUCAUCAAGUCCUCGAACGACUUUGGACACCGAAUAGCUGCUUUAUCAAUAGCAAGUUUGCAGAAAUUCACGAUUCGCCUUUCAAAAACGUCUUUCUCAUGAUCUACCCGAAUGGAACAGUAUGGGUCAACUACCGUGUCAAUGUCAAAGGACCAUGUGAUCUAUCACUCGAGUUGUUCCCACUCGACAUCCAGGAGUGUCAUCUCAUCUACGAAAGUUUCAACUACAACAACCAAGAGGUUCGAAUGAGAUGGAACGAGAAGACGGCGAUCCCUGUGUCCGUCACGAAUCGGAUUCGACUUCCCGAUUUUGAGUUGAUUAAAAUUGAGCCGACGCGGGUGUCGGCACCGUAUCCGGCUGGAAUGUGGGAUGAGUUACACGUGAAAUUGGUAUUCGAGAGGAGAUAUAUUUGGUAUUUUAUGCAAGCCUAUUUGCCGACAUAUCUCACCAUUUUUAUUAGCUGGAUCUCAUUCUCCCUUGGAACAAAAGCAAUGCCAGCACGAACGAUGUUGGGUGUCAACGCCCUACUCGCCAUGAUAUUCCAAUUCGGAAAUAUCAUGCGUAACCUGCCACGUGUCUCCUACGUAAAAGCCAUCGACGUCUGGAUGCUCGUCUCAAUGACAUUCAUCUUCCUAUCACUCCUCGAGUUGGCCAUCGUCGGAUACAAAACGAAAAACGAUGAAGGCGCGAAAAAGAAGUGUCCACACAAGAAGUUGAUCGACAACUUCGAAGCGUCUCCAGCCGGAUUAUGUCGAUACGAAAAGAGAUUUAUGUUGCCUGUCGAGAGACGCUCCGCCAGAUGGGGAGGAUUUGUCAGGUUUCAAGUGUUUCACGACUUCUGGAAUUGGAGUCCCGAGAAGAUUGACAGGGUUUCGGCGAUAUUGUUCCCGGCGUGUUUUGCCAUUUUUAAUAUAGUCUACUGGUCCUAUUACUACAACAAGAAAUUAGAAAAGGCAGCCGCAAUGAAAUUGGACGAAGAUCGUCAAAGCUUCCCUUAA